GCCGCCUCACUGUAAGAUUAUCGUGUCAUCACUUCCGGAGGAGAAAUACGAGACGUUUCCGGCCCUCAAGGUCCCGGAACUAGAUCAGAGGGAUGCACACAGCAUAGUGGCAUCGUGGGCGCAGAAACGGAACCGGACGUUGACUCAGACCUAGAUGGAACUCCUGCUGACCACAUUCCGGAAGUGCCCGACACCGCUGUUCUUAAAGUUGAGCGCGGUGCAGACGGUGCGUGCGUGUUGAACUGGUACCACCAUCCAUUUACGGAAAGUGCGCAGGGGCUCUACUGCGCAGACGAAGCGAAGAACAAGCGUCUCCAUGGCAACCUAGCUGAUUUCUUCGCGGGAGCCUGGGAAAAUGGAAGAAAAAAAGCCGUACACGAACGCUAAAGGGGAGGUAAUAGAAGAGGACAUCUAUGUGACGCCACAGCCCCUUCGCUUCGGAGAGGAUGACUACAACAUCCGGGCUCUAAACAAUCUGCCCUAUCACCGCCUGCACGCGGGUCACGUUGACCUUCUCAAGAAGGAGUGUCUCGCAAACGUGCACUUCUGCGUUUCUAAAUUACAUGCACUUCCUGUUGAGCGCUCUUAGACGACUUCACGGCGGCCAAAGCGGCGGUCCAGGGGGAUUCCCUGCUCAAGAACAUCCUGGAGGCGCUUCUGCUCUCCCGGACGGGACUUCAAACGGAUCCGGUUCAGUUCGUGCCACAGCUACUCGGGCGCCUGGAGGACAACGAGUCUGCGAGGAGGAGGAGGAGAUCAAAAUCUGGAACAUCAAGGUCGACCCUCCACGGUUGCUACGCAAUGUGACGGGUAAAGCUCAGUGCAGAAAGGUCGCGUUGUGUCAUGGUGACGAGUGGAUCGCCAUGAAAUUGGGCAACGGAAUAAAAGUAGAAGGUCUGCACACAGGACGUGUUUCACUGGACCACCAGGAUGCGUUGUUCGUGACCGGCAGUGCGGGAGAGGACUCGCCGAACAUAGUCGGCGUGUAUGAUGUCGGCAGACUGGAAUACCGCGCCAUCCGAGAACUUGUUAGACGGGUUUUAUUUGGCUCUUUGCUAAUUAAGGUGGCCUGCAAUGCAAACACGAGGUUUUACGAAGCAGACAACAGAUCAGUGGUCAUGGAAAUUUACGAUAAGUUUUACUUGUUUGACCUUGAAAAAAUGGACGUCAGCAUCGUGUUUCUGGGUCGAGUAGUCGAUACACGAGUGUUUAUCUUGACCAAACGGAAGCAACUCCUCGUGACGUCACGUUUUGUCACGUUUUGGCAAGAACGUGAAACUGUACAACAUCACAAACGGCUGCAUUGACGACAUAAUAAAAACUGGGCACAAGAAGGAGAUCUACCAAGUUGUGGUCAGUUUUUAUACCUUUCUUAACAUUAUGUCAUAUGCCACCUGUACUGUACAAGUGUAGUAGCAAGCAGUGAACAUCUCAAAACUGUAUUGCAGUUUGUUUUUUAAUGUUGUGACGAACAUUUACAUUCGCAAGUAAUGUGUUCAUAUAUAUACGACCAUUCUCCCCAUACCUCUGAUUCAAGUAGGGCAGUUAACAGAUCUGAUAAAAGCAUGUGUACUAACUUUUGUACUAAGUGAUUGGAAUCGGUUCACCAAAACGGAGUCGAUUAAUCGGAGGCCAUAAUCAGCGAUUAAUCAAUUAAUCAGCUUUUUUAACAAAAAAUUAAGUUUUUAAUAUUUAACCAAUGUUUUUGUUGAUAUUAACAUUAUAUUACUAUAUUUUAUCAAAAAGAACUUUAUCAUGACUAUUCCUUAUGUGUUUUGUGAUUUAAUAAUGAAUACAUGCUUAAAAAUCUUGCUUUGUGUUUGAAAUAUUGUGGCUGCAAU